AAGUUUGAAAUUAAACUAGACCCAUGAAAAUAUUGUAACAGCGCAAAUAAAUAUGUUUACCGUGACUAACAAUACAUUAUUAAUUACAAACGAAAACGAGAGUAAAACAAAUAUACGCUUUAUACAGAAGGCACUCAUGCCCAGCUAAUUUGCCAUACACCUGUUCACACCACAUCUGCAGAUUGUAUAACAAAUGUUUGGGUCAGUAGGCUAACCUCUUCAACCAGACCGAGCACACAUAAUGCGUAUGAAUAAUUCGUCAUCAUGACUAAUUUAUGUUAAAACUGACCUAAUAAAACCCUGCAAAUAAUUAUAACAAAGAACAUUUUUGCGACGCCCGUCAUUUUGAGUCACUGAAAACUUUCACUUAAAAGUGCGCGUUUCAUUCAUUUGACCACAAUUCUCAAGACAAGUGCGACGAAGUUCGCUGUAAUUUUAAGGUGAAAUUAGAACACGCUGUAUAAUAGGCCUGUUUGAUAACGUUCACUGAUUUUAGUGUUCAGUGUUCGGCCGAAUUUGUCACAAUAAAAUAGUGUUUAAGAAAAAGUAAUACUCAACAAUGUUUUUUAAAUUUUUAUUAUGUUUUGCAUUGUCUAUGUUAGAGGUAGAGUCUAUGGCCAUAGAAGGAUCUGUGUUGACGAGGUAUGAUCCUUGCGGGUUGGGCGUGCUUCAGUUUGACAAGGUUACAGCGGCUGAGUGGCGUGGUGUGGUGUAUUUUGAGUUAUACCCUCAUUUGACUGAGGUGGAAUUGGACAUUCAGUUUGAGCGACAAGUCGAGUUGUAUGGGAGCUCACAGAAUUCCACAAUGUCGGUACGAGAUGAUUGGCACCGAUUCAUCCUUCGACCAAAAGGAGCGUUGCCCAAACAGUACUUCUUCUUCAUACGGUUGGCCGAUAACAGCACCCAAGUACCAACCGUGGCUAACUUCAAGCUCAACAAUGCGACGCUUUGCAACGACGCCAUUAAGGCGGCGCAAACUAUUGAAUCCCUAAAUGUCACAACAAAUCCAAAAGAGGUCUACAAGCAAGUGUGUGGAAGGAGAGCGUUGGAGCACGCUGAACUUACCUCAGUCAGAACUCAAGCUUUGGCUGGCGAUUGGCCUUGGCAUGUGGCUUUGCUUAAGAAAAACCCGAACAGUGACGUCACAAUAUAUGAGUGUGGCGGCAGUAUUAUAUCAAGUACUGCUGUUUUGACAGCUGGACAUUGCGUGAGCAGAGGUGGUAUUCUGAUUGAGGCACGAUUGGUGGUCAUCGUCGCGGGCGUCAAUAACCACACGGACUAUAACCAGAUAGGCAGGCAGGCUUUAGUGGCUCAAGACAUAGUGCUUCACCCAGGAUACACGGACACCCUAGCUACCUCGGACCUGGCCAUCAUCAAAGUGCACAAGUUCAAAUACACGGCGUACGUGCAGCCCGUCUGUCUGUGGGGCCCCGUGUAUAGCAAGGAAGAUUUGUUCGGGAAACAAGCAACGGUUGUGGGCUUCGGCUACACAGAGACCAACCAGCUCUCCGACGUUCUCCGGUCAGCUUACACCGUGAUCCAAAACGACACCACUUGCCUCGCAUACUCGCGCAAAGUAUACAAGAAUCUCCUCAACGAGUUCAGCUUCUGCGCUGGCUAUGGACCGACUUCUGGCAUAAACCCCCGGAACGGCGACAGCGGCGGUGGCCUGAUCCUUGGCGUGCUGCAAAGCGACCACAAGAUCAGCUACGUUCUUCGCGGCGUGCUCUCCAAGUGUGGCGUUUCCGUCGGGCAUACUGAGUGUGAUCCGAAGCAUUAUGUGGUGUAUACGGAUGUAGCACCUCACUAUACCUGGCUGUACCAUCAUUCAGGGCUUAAGUAUAGGAGUAAUAUUCUAUAGAGGGACCAUAUUCAAGCUUAGC